AUGAUACCAAAGUUCUCCCUCUUGUUCGUGGCGCCGUUGGCCGUCGGCGUCCUGGCUGAUGGGAACUAUGCCUGGCAAGCACCAUCAUCAACUGACCGACGAAGUCCUUGUCCAAUGGUGAAUACUUUGGCCAACCAUGGCUACCUCCCCCGUGACGGCCUGAACAUCACGCUCGAAGAUCUUUUGACGGGCUUCACUAAUGGCAUCAACCUGGAUCCAACGGCAACACUUCUUGUUGGCGUCAAAGCCCUGGAGACGUCAACGACUGGUACCAACUCAUCAUUCAACUUGGAUGAUCUUAGCAGACAUGGCAUCAUCGAACACGACGGCAGUCUAAGCCGUGCUGAUAUCUACUUUGGUGACAACCAUAGCUUCAACUCGACCAUCUGGGAGACAGUGGCCUCAUACUUCACUGAGGAUACCAUCGACGUCAAGACCGCUGCACGAGCACGGGCAGCCCGUCUAGCAGCGGAUGCGAAAGAGAACCCAGAGUUCAACAUGACGUCCAGCGCUGUCAACUUCAGCUUGAUUGAGUCUGCCUUGUAUCUGUCAGUCUUUAACAACGGAUCGUCUUCCACAGCAGUCACGGAGUGGGUCAAGGUUAUGUUUCAACACGAAAGGCUGCCAUUUGAGGAGGGUUAUACCAGACCAGAGAGCAUAGUGAGCACUGCCGGUAUACUGGCGAAAGAAGCCGAGGUGGCUGCUGCGAGCAUUGGAUUAUGA